AUGAAAAAUAAUCUUAAAGUAAAACUUGAAGAACUUGUAAUUUACAUUUUAAAAAAUAUAAAGAGAUAUCCAAAUAUUAUACAAAGACUAAAAUUCUAUGAACAAAUACACUUAGGAUUAACACUAAAUAAGAUUAAAAAUAAAAGAGAGAUUUAUUAUAAUUCAGUGUCAAUAUUUAAAAAACAGUCUAUUGUAGACAUGCUAAUUAAAGAUACAUGUAAUAAAUUAAAAUGUACACAAUCAGAUUUAUUGAUAUCUACUACUUUAAAAGGUGUAUUCUAUGGAAACAUAACAUUUUAUAAAAAUAAUAAGCUUGUACAUGUAAAUCUCAAAGGCACAUCUUUAAUACCUGAUAUGAAUCAAAUAGAUAGGAUUGAAUACACACAAAAAAAAUGUCUUAUAAUCGAAAAAGAUACUAUUUUUAGUAAAACAGUUAGAGAAUAUAUUUCUAAUGAUAUUUUAUUUAUAUGUGGGAAAGGUUAUCCCUGUAGAAAUACAUUAUUGUUAGUCAAUAAGCUUAACAUUAGAAAAUAUGGUAUUUUCGACUUUGAUCCAUAUGGAUUAGAAAUAUGCACUAAAUAUCCUUCUAUAAAAAAAAUAGGAAUAGAUAUUAAAGACAUAAAUCUUAUUGAUAAGCAACAUUUUAUGAUUCUUAAUAAAUAUGAUAUUAGAAAAAUUAAUACACUUUUAAAGCAAAAAGUUUAUGAGAUAGAGUUAUUUUAUAUGUUAAAAAAUAACAUAAAAAUAGAGAUUGAAGGAUUAUUUAGUGCAAAAGGAUUUGACAUAAAUAACUAUUUCUACACAAAAAUAAUAUAA